GGACAACAGGUAACAGCGAGAGUUCUCCCCUUGCUUGUGCCUCCUUUCGAACCCGGAGCUGUCCCAGGCUGGGGAGAGGCAAGGCAAAGGGUUGGGUUGGGCGAGAGGCUUAUUGCUCUGACUGUCGCUUUCUGAAGUGAUUUCCGAGUGCGUGAGGAUUGACUUGGUGUUGGAUCUGGCCAAGCCACUCCAGCCGGGUGAGGGAUAAUGUCUAACAACAUGGCCAAGAUUGCAGAGGCGAGGAAGACGGUGGAGCAGCUGAAACUGGAAGUGAACAUCGACCGGAUGAAGGUGUCCAAGGCAGCAGCCGACCUCCUGGCACACUGCGAAGCCCACGCCAAGGAGGACCCUCUGGUGACCCCGGUGCCAUCUGCGGAGAACCCCUUCCGCGAGAAACGGCUCUUUUGUAUCGUGCUGUGAGUCUGGAAGCGGAUUGGCGGGGGAGACAAAUGGCAAGCUCCUCCCACUUCCAGACCAGGGUGGUGGUGGGCGGAACUUCCUCUUGUAUGUUCAUGGUACACCUUGAUCUCCUUUCAAAUCUGCAUUU